AUGACUCCUGGUCUGAGGGUCUCCGACGAUGCCCCCUUACCACCUCUGCCAAAGAUCAGAUCGAGGGACACCGAAGGGAAGGUGUUCACGCACCGCAGCUAUUACGGUCGCCCCAACCAUAUUUUUGAAGAUCAACCACAUAAUCCGAGUCCGGACAAUGAAAGGUUUGAACACCUUGGUGACUCCGUUUUGAGUUUGGUGGUCACAGAGCUGUUAUUGGAGAUGUAUCCGGGAUUACGGGUUGGGCCAUCCACUAAAACCCGUGCUUUAAUGGUUAGCAAUUCUACGCUGGCAAAUAUCUCAAAGCGUUAUCAGCUGCCUCGUCGCCUUCACCUCCAUCCUGCGCAGGCCAUCGCCCUCCGGGCUUCAGUUCAUGUUCAAGCUGAUGUUUUUGAGGCUUUUGUUGGUGGUCUUUACACGGACCAAGGUAUGGACGCCGUCAAACCAUGGCUGAGCUCUCUAUUCCGUCCUUACGCCAUCGCGGCGUACAGUGCCAUCCGCACCCAACACGGUCUACCGCCCGACGAUCAAGUUCAACCACAGCCCCUCUCAGCAUCGGAAUCCUCCGACUCCUCCUACUCCUCUUCUCCGUCACCCCCGUCCUCGCCUGGACUAGAACCCGAGCUCAACUCGAGGCAUGCAGGGUACACUCACCCUGAGGUUCAACACGGUUAUCUUGCACUGUUCAAUCAAAUUAUUGCAAAACGAAACCUCUCUCUGGAAUGGACCUUCCAAACCUUGAAAGACUACCUCUUGAUGCUCAAUGGAGGACAGAACAAUGGAGGACCUCCGAGGUUUUCGGUGGACCCGGUUGAAGCGCUUCAGAAUGCCAAAAUGACUCCCACCUGGAUUGCAAGAGCUAUGAUUAAUGGUGAAUGCUAUGGAGAAGGUAGAGGUCGUACCAAGCAAGCCGCAAAGAAUGAGGCCGCCAAGAUGGGAUUGCACCGACUUGGGGCUUUUAGUCAAGUUUAG